AUGCGGAGUGAUGCCCGAAACACCAGUGUGAGGUGGUGUGGGGCCCCGUGCCGGGGGCGCAGACCGAGCCUGGACCUCCGCACUGGCAUCCGCAUUUUGGGCUUGAUCCACAUUUUGAGAGGGCCUGUGACCGUGGCUCCCUGUGCUCAGGCUGCGAAGGCCGCAAAGAAAGCGCUUUCAGCCCUGCCCGGCCCGGUGAGCAGGCCGCGGACAGCCGGCGGGAGCAGAGGCCCCGUCAGGCCAGUGUCGCCAUGGCGACAGCGCGAGGCUGCUGCCAUGGCGGAGAAGGAGGGGAACGGCGAGGAUGGUGCAGUAGCUGAAAUUGAGAAAAAGAUUAUGGAAGUUUUUGAGGCAUUUGACAAUGAAGGCAGUAAUUCUGUGUAUGCCAGGGAUAUUGGUGUAAUUGUCAGGACACUAGGUUGCUUCCCAACUGAAGCAGAACUGAAUGAACUGCUUGCAAAGGUAGAAGACGAAGAAGAACCAGGUGGCUACAUUCAUCUGGAAAAAUUUCUUCCUGUGAUGACAAAAGUACUACUCGACAGAAGAUACCGGCCUAUUCCAGAAGAUGUUCUUCUACAUGCGUUUGAGGUUUUGGAUAUGAAUAAAUGUGGAUAUAUUACUAAAGAGCAUCUGGUCAAAUAUUUUACUGAAGAAGGUGAGCCCUUUACUGAGGAAGAAAUGGAGAACAUGCUCUCUGUUGCUCUAGAUCCAGAAACAAACACUGUUCGCUACAGAAACUACAUUUCAAAGCUGGUAGUAGAUGAAACUUAAGAUCUUGCCUUUUAGUGAUUGGGAUGCCUUUAGGUAACAGCAGUGUACAGUGGUAGUUAGUUGAAAGUAUUUCAAAGUGUAACAAAGCUCAAUUUGUAACUGUGCUUAUAAUUCAAAUAAAAUCUGUAUAGCUAUAUUUCCUUAGGUUCUGUAUACAUGUUGAAAUAUAGUCACACCUGGAUAAAGAGCUCUUGACAGAAAUACUGUGUAAGGUCUGGAAAAGAAAUCAUGGAAUUUGGUUUGAAAAUAACAGGAAAAAUAAUGUUAAUGGAGUCAAGAAAUUAUUUUACAAUUGCUUCUGAAAACCUAACGGAAAAAUGAGACCUUGAAAUUAAGU